AUGGCCAAAGACAAAGAAAGGGCGCUCAACCCGGCGCAGCAGCAGCGAAAGCUAGAAAAGGCAAAGCAGCUGAAAAAGAGUCGCGCGGAACUGCAGGCGAGACGCAAUGAAAAACUGGCGCGUCGCAACCCCGAGCGCAUCCAGCGACAGAUUGACGACAUCAAGGCUCUCGAGGCCGCCGGCGACAUCAAACCUCGCGAACGAGCGAUCCUGCAAGACCUCGAACGAGACCUAAAGGCUAUCAGAAAAGCACGAGAAUCACUGGGCGAGAAAGCGCCAACCUUUGGUGCGGGUCAGCGAAGAAAAGACGGUGACGGCAAUAACAACGUUUUGGGCAAGAGGCGGCACGAUGGCGAACGCAAACAUCAUCAUCAGCGACGACAAUCGUCCGGAAGCGACACAGAUGACUCUGUCCGACGGAUCCCUAUGCCCGAAGACACUCCUCCGCCCCUUCCGAGGGAAUCCAGACGCUAUUUCCCGCGAUAUGAGGACGAGACCAACGCCUCACAACCAGAUACCGCGUUGCCAUCCAAACCAGGCUCUGUGCCCGUGGUGAAGACGACAUACGAAAGUGCUCCUCAGAUCCGCGACUUGCGUAAAGAGGCCGUCAACAGAUUCGUGCCAGAUGUUGUCCGCAAAAAGCAACAAGCCGCCAAAGGAGGACCGGCCGGUCGGUUGCUCGAGCCUGAAGAGAUGGACAGAUUAGAGGCGGAGGGAUAUCUAGGACGGAACGAUCACAAGACGCAGGAGUCGGCAGGGACGCCGGAAGACGAGGAGCAUGCGAGAAAGCUGGCCGAGGAAGAAGCGCGAUUUCUCCGAGAACUGGAAAUGCAAGACCAGGACACGACUGGCCAAGUGGAUGACGAUGCUCGACUUGAGGUCGGGACAGUCGAGCGAAGUAAUCAGAGACCCAGGCGGCGUGUCGACAUCGAGGAGGUUGAAGACGAUGCACGACUUGACGCUGGGACAGUCGAGCGAAGUGGUCAGAAACCCAGCCGGCAUGUCGAGAUCGAGGAGGUCGACGAUGAGGACACAUAA